AUGCCUUACAAACUUAAAGAUAGGAACGUACUCGUCACAGGAGGCUCCCGUGGCCUGGGAGCAGAGAUAUCUCGACGAUUCGCGGCGGAAGGAUGCAAUAUAGCUAUCAAUUAUGCAAACAACGAGUCGCCAGCUAAGGAUCUCGCGAAGGAGAUCGAAUCGUCGUAUCACGUCAAGACCCUGAUCGUCAAAGGCGACUGUGGCGUUAUGGCAGACUGCCGAAAUUGCAUACACGAAACGAUCAAGGCUUUCGGCAGCAUCGAAGGCAUCGUGGGCAACGCUGGCUGGACCAAGUUCACGAACUUCAAUGAUCUCGACGCCAUGACUGAGGAAGAGUGGGAUAAAUGUUACGCAGUGAAUGUCAAAGGCAUGCAUGCACUUGCCAAGGAAGCAUUGCCAACCUUCAACAAGAACGCUGAAGGAGGGUUCUUCAUCAUCACGUCUUCGAUCGCUGCAAAGUCCCUUGGCGGAAGCAGUAUGGCCUACUCUGUCACGAAGGCUGCACAAGUCCACCUCAUGAAGUGCCUGGCUAAGGUUUGCGGCGAGAAGGCUCGCAUUAAUGCUGUGUUACCCGGCCUUCUUCUGACUGAUUGGGGCAAUCUGUACGGACCUGAGAGGAUAGCAGGUCUCAAAGACGCCGCUGCACUCAAGAAGGAGACCGAACUUGGAGAUUGUGCAGAUGCCUAUAUCAUGUUAGCCAAGAACACUUCGAUUACUGGGCAGAACAUUCACGUUGACUCUGGCCUGGCGAUACAACAUCUGUAG